UUCUAAAUGUGUCAUUCGUGCGUAAUGUUUAUUAUUGCGAAUAGUGUCAUUUGAAAAAGAAAAAAUGUGCUUGUAAACAUGUCUUCUAACAAACUGCCGCCGUAUGUUCUGUUGGAGCUUCCUCCAGUGACCGAUCAGAUAAAUUUCCCGUUAAAAAGUGCACAACGAAUUAAGUACACAUGCUUUGAUGUAUCGAAGUCGCUGAUAGCCUUUGGAGCCACCAGUGGAGGUAUCUACAUCUUCAAUAGGACUCCGUGUGAAUUCGUACAGCUCAUUCCAAAUAAGGAUGGCGCCAUCACACGCGUGGCCAUAUCUAAAGACGAGAAACACAUAGCCUGCGCGAACGGGAGAGGUAUUGUGACUGUCACCGACUGCGACCAAGCGUGCGCUCACACCGUUACUUCCAAGGAGCAUGCCGGCAACGAGGUCACCGCCAUGGCUUGGAGCGGCAACAUGUUGUUCGCCGGAGACGACGUUGGCCGGAUAUCCGUCUUACACCUACACAGCUUCAUUGCCAAGACGAUGUUCCAAAGUUCGUCACAGACCAUAAUGAGUUUAGACUCCCGGAUAUGUCAACUAGACAUGCGGGACUGCAUGCUGCUCGUGUCGACACUCACCAGAUGCUAUGUCUGCAACACAACCCAAGAGCAAUACAGGCAGAUCGGACAGAAACUCAGAGAUGGGGAGUUCGGGGCUUGUUUCGUUACUAAGGAUAAUGUUGAAAAUUCCAUAGAAAACGCCAAAGAUGUAAAGGAAGUCAAAAAGUAUAAUAUUGUUGAUGAUGAUGCUGGUUUUUCCGUUGGAGAGAAAUUAGCGAAUACUCUCAUAUAUUGCGCUAGGCCGUCUUCUAGAUUAUGGGAGGCUACCGUCGACGGUACAGUUAGAAGAACACAUCAGUUUAAACAUUGCUUAGCUAAAAAUUACGAAGUAGUCACUUUAGAAUCAUAUAAUAAUGAAAAUUUGUGUUUAGAUAAAGAUACAAGCGAAACUGAAGGACAGUCGGUGAAUUUUUCCAAAAUUUUUAAUAUAAAGAGUGCCAUAUUUAGUUUCAAAAAAGACGCUUUAUAUUUUUUAAAUGUCGAUGACGUUGAAGAUACUAUGUGGUUUGAUACAUAUAAAGAUAUAGUUGAUUGCAAAAUAUAUAAUGACGAGCUGUAUAUUUGGCUUAGCAAUGGUGCUUUGGUGAAUUUGAAAUAUUUGAAAAUUGACAAGUUUCUAUUAAAGUGCUAUGUCGAUGAAAAAUAUGCUCUCUGUACUGAAAUAUGUGCCUUGUUUAGUGAUUACUUGCUUUCAAGUAACUUAUCGUCGAAAUUGCACAUUUUAGUUGGUCUUAGAGAGAAACUUCCAGCAGACGCGAUCAAAAAUAUAGAAAAGGUUUUAGAUAAAAUUGACAGUUUAAAAGAUGCGACUCAAAUGAAAUCUGGCAUUUUUGUUGUUGACAACACUUAUCAUGCUCAGACCUGUCUGUCCGACGAUGAAAGUAAAUCUAAUGAAGAAAAUAAAUUUGGAAAUCUGACACCGGAAGCGUUACAAGCAUUCAAAGACUUAGGUGUCACAGUGACUGACAAACUUAAUUCUAGCAAAAAGAAAUUGAAAGAGAAAUGGGAAGGCUUCGAAGAUAAAAUGAAACAUUUCAGUAUUGAGAAGCAGAAUAUACAAGAGGUACAAUUGCCAGAAAGGAGACCGCGGCAAGAAGAUCCUAGCGAAUAUAUUCCUAUAGAAGUAGACAAAGAUAUUAUUUACAAAGAGUCUAGUCCAAAGGCCAUAGAGAUAGACAAUAAAAUAGAAAAUCUAGAUGAUAAAGUGUGUAAAUCGCUGUAUCAAUAUUUUAGACUAAGUUUAGUUAGUAAAGAAGAACAAUCGAAUUUAAUAUCAAUAGUAGAAAACUAUUCCUGUGAUAUUAGUGAAAUCCAUCGGCUUAUGUUAUUGCUGGAAGAUUAUUGCAUAUCCGUGGGAGCUAGCGAAGAAUCAAAAUAUGCACCUCACAAUAUAUUCCUAACUUAUUUAAACUUAUCAUCGAAGAAAGCUGAAUAUAUAGAUGCGAUAUUAAAAGAUGAAACAUUAUACAAAUACUUUGUUGAUUCCUGUAUAACAGUGAAUUUAAAAACUCGAAAAGUCUCAGAAAUGGGUUGCGAAUGCGGAUUUCCUUUGCCAUAUUCGAAAACUGAUGAAAAACCAAUGUUUUCAGCAUUAAUAGAUGAAUUUGUAGAAAAGCAAUGGGCGAGUCAAACUAGAGACCAGUGUUACGACAUUUGCAAAAAAAUGCCGUAUUUGUGGAGAAAGAUAUUGUAUCUACGACGGAACGAAGAUCUUUUAAACGUUUUACGGAUAUUAUUGCAAAUGUUAGAUGAAAACUUACUCCACUCAUAUCUCCCCCAAUUCACAUUAGACACAUGGGAUCGUACUAUACAAUUGUACGUGACUCUUUACGCAAAUUUGUGUUUAAAUUGCAAUAAGAAAUUUGACAAUAUAAACGUAAAAGAUACAUUAAAUUGGGAUGAUUUAGGCGCGAUGAUGAUCAAGUCAGUGGGUGGAAGGAAUGCUAUAAAACUGAUGGAGCGACAUUCAUUAUUGAUCGCGGCGGGCGAGAUCAGUAUGAAGUUUUAUCAUACUUGUUUGAUGGUGUCGUUGUAUGAAAAGUAUGACAGUACUGUAGUGACGCAGCUAACUGAGGUGUUGUACAACACUUAUGAGUACGAGGAUGUGAGAAAUGAGAUCUGUCAAAUUCUCCGCACAACUGUCAACGGGGACAUCAAGCACACAGCACUACCCAUCAUCAUAGCAGCGAAAUCCCCACACUGGGGACUCAAGCCUUCAAACAUUACUGACACGCUGUCAAUAAUUAUUGACAAUAUUCCCACACUCAAUAACGGGGCGACGGACUGUGCGUUAUGUGGGUUGCCGUUGCAGAAUGAGUUUUUGAUCAAAGAUGGCGGACUUUGGGUGUUUCGGUGUGGCCAUAUUUUCCAUGGCGCUUGUUUAGAUGUUAAUAAAGUUAAAUUGUGCCCCGAUUGUUUGCCGACGGCUAAGUAAA